AUGUCGGUUUCGUCCCGUCAUAAUGAUGUUUGGUCAUCAGCAGUCGAGUCUUUCUGGACCACAGAAUUCAAUGUGGACCAUGGUCGUCGCUUGAAUAAGACGUCUGUGGGUGCCACACUGUCACCAGGUUCCCGUCUGGAGGUCUUGAGCCAAGAAAAGUCUGGUAUAGGCGGCAGCACAGACGUCGAUGCGAAUCAUCGUGGGUACUCGAACAAGACGCCCAUAGAUGCUGCGUCGUCAGCAAGCUCAAAAACGAUCUUGACCGAUGAAAAUCCCAGCACAGAGGAGCUCUUAUGUGGUCUACAAUUGAAAUUGCUGCGGGUGCACAGAACGUUCAACUCGCAUCGACACGGGCAAAGUUUUGCAUCCCAGAUUCACGACAUAGCCGGCACAGGGCUCUCUGGAUCUGAGAUGUGCCGAGUCAUUGAUGAUACAUAUACUGCUACUGAGGAUCUUCUGAACAUCAUGCGCAGUCUGUGUGGCGCUGCCUUAGACAGCACAAACGGAGUCAGUCCGGCUGAAGCCCAGACGAACUCAGUACAUCUCCAAUCAUCACCAGCCCAACCAACGCGCUCAUCACCUGUGUCUUCACUGGAAGCUGCCACCACCCUUUUCUUGUCGAGCUGCUAUGCUAGUCUGAUUAGCGCUUACGAAAUCAUCGUGGAGACUAUGAAGGGGCAGAGCACAGAGGACACGUCUACCUUGCCCUGGCAGCUCGGCCCUCCAAGUGCUUCGGCCAGAAUCCCCGCAAGCGGUGGAAGCUUCCCUACAUUCAGCAUGAACAACUCGCGCCUGGCCAUGCCAUCUUCAGUCAACUUGGGCUUGCAUCUACACCUUAUAAGCCACAUGGUCCAACGACUCAAAGAUUCGAUGCAAAUGUGUUGCGCUUGUCACAAUAUCAAAGGCAGAAAUAGCCCGGCCACAGCUCUUGUUCAAACAGCUUCGUCCGAGCUCAGCCUGAGCCAGGAGAGCCUUGAGGAUGCACUUCGCAGAGCCAAAAUAGAGGUCUUUCGAUAG